ACUUGUCGUUGUCGUUUGUCCACGUUGAAAUCUAACAAUGCUUCUGCAACACAAAUACUUCGCAAUCGGCUCAGCUUCCUUCUCAAUCUCCUCUUCUCGUUGUCUAUAUGUAGAGACUCCGAAAGAAAUUCCGAAAGCUUAGUCGAGCUGAAACUAUCGGUUACUGUUUGUGUGAGGUGGAGUGUCUCUGAAACGGUCGACAAUGGCGGAUGAGAUUGAUGGGUUGAAAUUUGAGCAGCAGCACGGGAAGUCGAGGGUUAGGGUUGCAAGGGUCUGGAGGAAGGAAGAUGGUCGUCAUUUCUUCGUCGAAUGGAAUGUUAACAUAAGCCUUCUCUCCGAUUGCCUGUCUGCGUAUGGCCGGGGUAACAAUUCCGAUAUUGUCGCCACAGAUACCAUGAAGAAUACUGUAUACGUGAAGGCAAAGGAAUGUGUAGAUGCUCUUUCAGUUGAAGACUUUGCAAUUGAACUUGGGCGUCACUUUACAUCAUUUUAUCAGCAGGUCACGGCUGCAAUAAUCAAGAUAGUGGAAAAGCCAUGGGAGCGAGUAUAUAUUGAUGGGCAACCACAUGAACAUGGGUUUAGACUUGGAUCUGAAAUACAUACAACAGAAGUAAUAGUGAAAAAAUCUGGUGCUCUACGACUGACUUCUGGAAUUGAAGGAUUGGCAGUGUUGAAAACAACAAAGUCAGGUUUUGAAGGAUUUGUUAGGGAUGAGUACACAGCUCUUCCAGAAACAAGGGAAAGAAUGUUAGCAACAGAAGUCAGUGCUUUGUGGAGGUACCAUUUUGAAUCUCUCUCUAGCAUUCCUGCAAAGCCUCUGUACUUCACUGAGAAGUUCCUGGAUGUGAAGAAAGUAUUGAUUAGCACAUUCUUUGGUCAUGUAAAAGGAGUAUACAGUCCAUCUGUUCAAAGCACCCUUUAUGACAUGGCUAGGGCUGUUCUGAACAGGUUCCCAGAUAUAUCAUCAAUCAAUCUGAGAAUGCCAAAUCUCCAUUUCUUACCAGCUAAUAUAUCGAGCAAAGACAACCCAGCCAUUGUUAAGUUUGAUGAUGAUGUUUAUAUUCCGACCGACGAACCACACGGGACAAUCCAAGCUAGCUUGAGCCGCUCCUGGUCCAGGAUGUAGAAGCCGCUAUGGCCUAUGAGUGGCCAGCUUGAUGCCUGAUCAAGUCUGCAUCUCCAGUUAUAAACCCAUUCCACUGUGCCUGGUCCAGCUUAUUAAGCUGGAUCUGUUAUUUAACCUUGUUUUGCAGAUCUGACUUCUAUGUAAAAACUCUAGAAAACGAAGGUAAUGAAUAAAGAUGAAGAUUUUG